AUUAGCCAGUCUCUCUCUCUCUCUCUCUCUCUCUUUCCCCGUGUCUCUCUUCGUCUCUCUUCGGCUCUUUCCGUACACACUCGGCUCUCUCCCUCUCAGUUGUCACACGGCGGCGCGUGCCCGAUGGAAACGGCAAUUAAAACGGCGAUAAAGGUGAUAAAAUGGCGAGGACGGUGCUUAUGAAAGAGGGAAAUAAUCCCACAGCGCUCUGAAAUCCACACAUUUAAGCAGGGUGUAAGGCUGGAGGACAGAGCCGCAUCGCCUCAGCUGAGCGCGUCGGAAUGAGCCCUGCUACCGCAGUCACUUCCUAGUCCCUCCAACCAGAAAGUUUUGGCACCAUGUUCUACGGCUCCUCUUCUGCCAGCAUGUCACUGCCCUCAAAGAGCCGUCUGAAGCGCCAAAGCCGUACCAUCACACAGGUCCUUUACCGGACUCUGAGCUACCGGGACCGUCGCUCGGUUACUGACCUUCCCGAGCAAGUGCGGGAUGACCCAGCUGAGCUGUCCACGCAGACCUCAGCUCCAGGUGUGCUCAAAAUCUUUGGAGAUGAAAUCAGCGCUGGGGCUAACUACAAGAGCGUUUUGGCUACUCCACGUUCCAGCGCACAGGAGCUCAUAAAGGAGGCACUGGAGCGCUACUCACUGAGCAAAGGUUCAGCCAGUAGCUAUGUGCUAUGUGAUGUGAUCGGGCGGUUCGAGGGUGCUGAGCGACGGUGGAGGACAGAGUGCUUGCGGGCACUGGGCAGCAACGAGAAGCCUCUCCUUCUGCAGGAACUGUGGAAGCCAAAGGAAGGAUUCGCAAGGCGCUUCGAGCUCAGGCGGAGGGCCGAAGUGGAGGAGCUGGCAGCUAAAGAGAAAGACACGGUAACUGCAGAUAUAAAUGCACAGGCACGGAAACUUCAGCGGAACCGUGCUAAAGGAACGAUGACCCUGCAGCACGGCUCGUCCUUCUGCCGCAGCCUCAGCGAGACCAGUCUCAACCUGGUGGGCGUGACGGGGGAGGAACCGAAGCGCUACUCUACACUGCCCGGGUCAGGCCGAGCUCGCUCAGAUGGACACAAAGAGGGGGGUGGAGUCAAGCAUUCCCUCUACCAAUCACCUCAUUUGCUGCUCCUACAAGGAUAUAACCGACAAGACUGCCUGGUUUACCUGCUGAACAAAGAACAGCACACGGUGGGUCAGGAGACGGCAAGCACGCGGCCAAACAUCUGUCUGUCGUCUCCGGAUAUUCUCCCACUCCACUGCCGCAUACGCCGCCGACGCUCGUCUUCCUCAUCCUCCUCGUCCUCUUCUUCUUCCUCCUCUUCCUCAGACCAUCGGCUUUUACUGGAACCGGUCGGCCACGGCACUGUGCUGAUCAACUUCACUCGUAUCGAGCGUCCCACUCCUCUGCGUCAUGGCGACCUGCUGUCAUUCGGCGCCCAUUACAUCUUCCUAUACAGAGACCCACUGAGCGCCAGGCCGCUACCAGGCCACACCCUGACCCGCCUCCGCGCCCUCGGCGCCAAAAACGGGGAGGCGUGUCCGACGUGCGGUGCCGCCCCACGGGAGCAGGUGGGAUUUCGCCAAAGCUCAAAGAAUGCAAAGGGUCCAAAGAAGAGGAAGCUGGCGCUGGAGUUUGAGCGAGCCCAAGAGGACGCACUGGUGAACCGCGUGCUCACGCUGAUCGAGCCGAGUGGCGACGAUCACAAGCUCACUCCCGCGUAUCUGCUCUGCCUGUGCAUCCAACACUCAGCUCUUUCAUUCCCACCCGGCAGCUUCGGGAAACUGCUCCUCAAAAUCGCCAAGAAGAUCCAGAACAUUGCAUGGGAGAAGACAAAGGAAUUGGCACAGAAGCAAGCUCAGCAUCAGGAUCCAGCCUCCCUGUCACUGCUUAGCAUCUCUGACCUUGUGCCGGAUCUUCAGGUCAUUUUCUUUUGGAUGGCGAACGCCAUCGAGAUCCUCUACUUCAUUCAACAGAAAUCGCCUACGUACAUGCAGAAUAUUGAAAUGAUGGACAGCAAAGCUGGAUCUAAAGAGUCGCUCCUCUCGGCGACAAUAUCAGCCAGUGAAGAGGUGAUGACGAUUCUGGAGGAAGUUAUCAUGUACACAUUUCAGCAAUGUGUCUACUACAUUACGAAGUCCUUGUACGUGGUGUUGCCAGCCUUGUUGGACUGCAGCCCGUUUGGAGGCGAGUCGUCAUCGGAGGCAUGCCGGCGGGCGACGGGCGCGCGGGCGUGUGUGUGCAGUGUGUGUGUCAUGCCCGAGGCCGUGCGUCGGGCUCUGUGUGUUUUUCAGACCACAGCUGACCUCAUGCAGCAGUAUCAGGUCCACGCCGAGAUCCAGAGCCAGAUGUUUGCCUACCUGUUCUUCUUCACCAAUGCCUCGCUCUUCAAUCUACUCAUCGAUAAAGGUCCUGUGAGGGGCUGGUUCCAGCGUUCCCAAGCAUUGCAGAUACAAGCGUGUUUGCGGAUGCUCCUAGACUGGGCGAAAGGAGCAGGACGCGCUCAGAUCGCUCAGAAGUUUUUCGCCAAACUAUGCAGCGUGGUUACCAUCCUGAUCACACCCGCCCCACAGCUCUCACAGAUGAGUUGGAAAGUGUUGCGUGCAGAACAUCCGUCUCUGAAACCCGUCCAGCUUCACAGAAUUCUUACACAAUACCAGCUGACUGGCGAGGUGGGUUCUGUUCCAACCUGGCAACCAAGCAGCGAAGAUGAAGCCUACGUUUACAGAACAGUGGAUCUGUUGGAGAGCUUUGAUAACCACCCUCCCAUCGUGUUACCCAGCGCUGGUUUUAAGGUGGACCUGGAGAGCGAGUGUGUAGACGACAGCAUCUACAGACAGCUGCUUUACAUCCGCCACUUUCUGUGGGGCCUCCGGACCAAGACCCAUGGCAGCACAGACAGACAGGAAGUUCAGCGUGGAGAGGGAGAAGGAGAAGUGCGCAUUUCUUCCCUCGGAGGACGAGGAGAGGGCGCAGGAGCUGAGGAAAGACCAAGAGAACGAACACACACACCACAUUACAGAAAUGGGACGAGCGUCCGGCACGCUCCGGACCCGUCCUGCCUGCUUACUCCGCCGAAUACACCUCUGUACCCGGACUUCACACACACUGCAUACGCUAAACACUCCCAGCAGGAACGCAUCCCGGCCAACGGGUGUACACGCUCCACUCCUGAGCACAAGAAGAUCAACGGAUACAUCAGUAAUGGCCCUCUUAAUGGGUGUGGAUUUCCUUUCCCCAUCCCUCUGGCCCAGACCCUGGGCAAUAACUCUGACCCUGUGUGUUCCGUCUUUGUAGUGGACUUGGACAAAGGACCCUAUGGCCUCGGAAUGGGACUCAUCGACGGACUCCACACUCCUCUGAAUUCACCGGGGAUCUACAUCCGCACACUGAUCCCUGACGGACCAGCCGCUUCGGACGGCCGGCUGCACAUCGGAGACCGGAUCCUGGCUGUAAACGGAAAAAGCCUCAUCGGAGCCGAUUACCAGAGUGCCGUGGAUCUGAUCAGACUGGGCGGAGGACGGCUUCGCUUUCUCGUGGCUAAGUCAGAUCCUGAAGUGUCGGAGAAGAUCAGUGCCUCUUCCUGCUGAGCGAGAAAGAACGAGGUUCGAGGUUUGAGGUUUGAGUGUGUGUUUCGGGACAACGAGUCGAACCGAAACGUCCUCUCCGAGGUGAGGAUAAAGAGAAUAAGCACAUCGAUAAGAACACUCAGCGACUCCUCUCCUUCAUCUCGCACUGCGCUCAGGAGAGAGCCUUAGCACAGCGAGCGGAUUUUCCCACAACGAGCAUCACAGCGUCGUCGUCUCUUCUCCUCCUCCUCUUCUUCUCCCUGGAGUGUUACGCCAAUUAUCAUGAAAACAUUAACAGAAAUUUCACAAAAUUUAACAAAAGACACAAUAUAUCCUGUUUACAAACAUUUCUAUCAUAUCAAGUUGGAGAAAUACAAAAAAAAAAAAAUCUGAUCUUGUACAUGAACGUAAAUAUAACGGAACUGAACAGUAAACUGCUAGACGAGUGGUGAAAAGACCAAACAGCUUUAUUCGGUUUGCGUAUUUAUUAUUAACCGUUGCACUGGAUGAAAAUGUCUUCUCUUCUCUUCUCUUUAUUUUCUUUUCUCUGUUCUCUCUUCACCCCUCUUCUCUUUAGGUCUUCUCUUUUCUGUUUUUUAGUUUGUUUAGUCUGUUUUCUCUUCUCUUCAUUCUUUAUGUUGUUUCCUGUGUUUACUCCUCGCUUCUGUUCUUUUGUUUCAUCCGUUUUCUCUUCUUUAUUUAUUUUGUUCAAUGUUUUGUCUAUUUUCUUCUCUGGUUUUUUUUUAUUUUGUUUAGUCUGUUUUCCUUUCCGUUUCAUUUUAUUUUGUUACGUAUUUUCUCUUCAUUGUCUCAUCUUCUCUUUUCUUUUUUAUUUAGUUUUAUCUGUUUUUUCUCAUCUUCUCUUGUGUUUUUUUUUUCAUUUUGUUUUGUCCAUUUUCUUUUGUUUUUUUGUUGUCUGUUUUCUCUUCUUUAUUUUGUUUAUUCUGUUCUCUCUUCUUUGCUGUUGUGUGUUUUGUUUAAGUCCUCUUUCUUCCUCACUUCUCCUGUUUUUAUUUUGUUUCAUCUGUUCACAUUUCUGUUCACUUUUUUGUUUUGUCUAUACUCUCUUCUUUUCUGUUUAUUUAUUUUGUUUCAUGUUUUCUCUUCUCCUCAGUUAUUUUAUUUAGUUUGUCUGUUCGCUCCUCGCUUCUCUUUGUUUUUGAUUUUGUUUAAUCUCUUCUCGUUUCUCUUCUGUUUUAUUUUGUUUUGUUUCAUCUGCUUUCUCUUCUGACAUCGCUUUCGUUUUUAUACUUUUUAUCAUCUGUUCACACUUCUGUUCUCAUCUGUUAUUUUAUUUUGUUACAUCUCUUCUCUUCUCUUCAAAUCCUAUGCACUUCUUUCCUGUUUCAUACUCUUAUAUUAUUUGAUUUCACAUGUUAGUAGCAGUAUGAUUUUUUUUUUUUUUUCCCCGGUUUAAAGCCCGUCUCAGGGAUUGUUUAAACAGUGGCCUCAGGAGUAGUGCUGACUUUACCAUCUACAAGCACCGGAUGUUACUCUCGAUUACCAUUUGUACAUUUCUGAUGGAGUAAAAGUGGCCCGCUGUGUCGAUUCCUGAUCGGCGCUUUAAAUUCAGUCACAUCACGCUCUUGACAUGAUCUCGACACGAAAAGAGUGUUCACGGAAAUACGCCAAAAAAAUUCGAAGAAUGAAAAUGCCAUUAAUGACGUUUUUAUUUGUACUGGGGGAAAAAAUGGGGGAAAAAAUGCACAAGAUUUACAAUUAUGCAAAAAAAUAACUUUUAUUUCUUCCACAUUACUUCAUGUUUAUAUAUUAUCUGUAUUGAUAUAUUGCAUAAAGGCAUUUUUGUUCUCAACUGAACUUGUAUUUAGA